AAUCGGCUGCGCACCCCGUAGUCACUUGGCAGGAUCCGAGAUUUGUCUCGGGGCCUGUGGCUCGUCGCUUCACCUCACUGGGGAGAGCCUCUCCGAGUCGUCAGGCUGGUUUUUCAAGAGGCUCCUGUCAAGUUUGUCACGAAUCAGUCGCAUGGAGAAGAAACCCUGGACAGAGCCCAGCGCUAAAAGGCACGAAUGCGAGCGGUGUCCGUACACCACGGAUCGCACUGGAAACAUGAAUCAGCACCUGAGAACUCACACGGGCGAAAGGCCAUUCAAGUGCACCGUGUGUGUGAAGGCAUUUUCUUCCUCACAAAAUCUUAAAAUUCAUCAGAGAACACACACAGGGGAGAAGCCAUUCAUGUGCACUGCGUGUGGGAAGGCAUUUGCUCUCUUACAAACUCUUCAAUAUCAUCAGAGAACACACACAGGGGAGAAGCCAUUCAUGUGCACUGUGUGUGGGAAGGCAUUUGCUCUCUUACAAACUCUUCAAUAUCAUCAGAGAAUACACACAGGUGAGAAGCCAUUCACCUGCACCGUGUGUGGGAAGGCAUUUGCCCGUUCAAACUAUCUUCUAGUUCACAAGAGAACGCACACAGGUGAGAAGCCCUUCAAGUGCACUGUGUGUGGGAAGGCAUUUGCCUCUUCAAACUACCUUCAAAUUCACAAGAGAACACACACAGGCGAGAAGCCAUUCACGUGCACAGAGUGUGGGAAGGGUUUUAUUUGGUCAGGAAGCCGAACGAUGCAUGAGAAGAUCCACAAGGAGAGUGUGAAAUCGACUCGUGAAGGUCAAAGUUCAGCUGCCAUGAGCCCAUCAUCUCUCAUAAAACAAGAACAGGAAGACUACGACGACUUCGCCACGUGGCCGGGAGUGACGGUGAAGCGUGAAGAAGGGACGACCGUGAAACGUGAGGGUCAGGAAGCUUCUCCAGGCACUUGUUAAUGUCAUCGCAGCAUCCCAAUGCAGUAUUCUCAACACAAAUAUCUUGAGACUCAAGGAGGCUAUUCCGGACAAAAUUAUUCACGUUAUUCUCGUAUGAUUAUUGUAAUCCUCAUGUGUGUAUAUUGAACUUCUUUCGCACAGUACGUAGCCAACCUUGCUAUACAUCCUAAAUAGAAUAGGCAUCCUAUGCAGAGACCGGUGCCUGCCAAUAAAUGUGUAAUUUCCGCCCUCGAGGUCCUUCGAUUGCGAUGAGAACCGUCAAGUGUGUAUUUGACAAUGGUGACACUUUGAUUUCUGUUAAGGAAUCAAAACCCGCUUGCGACCUCUGGCACAUGUACAAGUGUCAACCGUUGUGAACUUUGACACGUCACGGUUGAACCAGCGGACAUUGUUUUUCUAUUGGAGGAGCCACAAUGGUGUGGACCACUCCCUAAGGCCUCUUGUCGCUCAUCUCGCCACUUGUCCAAGCUCCCCCCCAAGCCUCAAUUCAAGGAGCGACGGAGCGAGCUUCAACGAGGGGACCCUUCGCUAGGAAUGCGACGUCACUGCCUGCCUGGAAUGAGCUGAUGGAUGGGCUCUGAUGUGUCAUUGACUUUUGCCUCGGUGUGAACAAGAGUUGCCCCCCCACUGACCCCCAUGGGCAGGACUGCCCGACACUCCGGCAGCUGCCGUGUCCAGCCCAGGUUUUGCCCCGGGGACGGUGAGGAUCAUUGAUCCAUGAUCAUCAUCAUCAUCAUCAUCCUCGCCGUCCGGAUUGUAAUCGUUGAUACGAUCGGUAGAUUCCCAUCGUCGUCACCGUCAUCGCGUUUCCAUUCGUCACUGCUGAUGUUACGUAACCGACGCAUUUACACGUGUGUCCUCAACAGCGCUUCGUGAGCAAUAAUCGCCAAUGCAAUUGUAGGUUGACAACAUGCUGUAUCGGGUUGUGUAUCGUUCUGCUUGCAAAAGAGUAAUAAUGUUUAGCAUUUAGCAUGAAUACGUUGGCUAUUAUUAACAUUGGAGAAAAUGGCUUGAACAUUUUUGAAAAUCUCUGCUGUGAUCGUUAAAGUUUGAAAAAAAAAGUAAUUUGUACAAAUGUUUUUGCAUUUCAGGGUUUAUUUGGAUGGGUGCUACAGUGCAAACAAGUCUGUGCUGGUUGGGAGACGUGAAAUAAUGUCAAAGUUUUGGCCACGGGGGUUUGUUCAAAUAGUUGUUUUUGUUAAAUAUUUUAUUUACGUGAAAUUUCUUGUGAGUAUUUGGUUUGUCCCACAGUGCAAACACAAAUGCAAUUUGCACGAGGUCACGUGGCCUGCUUGUUACACUAGUGACCCACUAGUUUAGAGUUUUAUUUUAGGGAAAAAAAAGUUUCGUUGUAUUUUUAUAUAUUUUUUACAAAUAAACAUUACGACUGUUUAGAAUUAUGACGGUUAACCGAAGUGGUUUUCGUCGCUCGUAACCGUUCGUAUUUGCUACUUACAGCUGCAACAUUAUUUUGUCUUCG